AUGAAGUUACACAACCCACUACUAGAGACCUUCCGGUUAAUUUUGGAGGAGAGAAAGGCCAAAGGACGACUCAGAUCCUUGAAGGUCCUUCCUCCUGAUGUUGCAGACUUCUCCUCAAAUGACUUCUUAUCGCUUUCUACAUCAGCCGCUUUCCGGGAGCAGUACAUGGACAAUCUUGCCAGAAUAUCCAAUUCACAUCGCAUUGCCAGCAGCGGUUCUAGAUUGCUGGAUGGGAAUACCAAUUAUGCCGAAGAUCUGGAGGACUUUCUAGCCCGUUUUCAUAAUGCUCCCAGUGGACGACUGUUCAACUCCGGGUAUGAUGCCAAUGUAGGAAUCUUUUCCUGUAUUCCACAGCGUGGGGACGUGAUUAUCUAUGAUGAGUUGAUACAUGCAAGCACCCAUGAUGGCAUGCGGCUCUCAAGAGCGGGGAGACGGACGGCAUUCAAGCAUAACUCGGUUGAAAGUUUCCAGCGCAAGCUCCAAGAAGAGAUAGAUCUUGAUUCUUUAAUACGUUCUGGCAAGCGCAAUGUUAUUGUUGCUGUUGAGUCGCUUUAUAGCAUGGAGGGAGAUUUUGCGCCGAUAAAAGAAAUCCUAGACGUGCUAGAAUCGAUGCUUCCUAAUGGCAACGGCCAUUUGAUAGUUGACGAGGCUCAUUCCACGGGGAUAUUUGGGCCCCGAGGAGGUGGAAUCGUGCAGAGACUCGGCGUGGAGGAUCGUGUGUUCAUUCGGCUGCACACAUUCGGCAAAUCUAUAGCCAGCAAUGGAGCGAUUGUUCUUUGUUCCCCACUGACAAGGGAUUAUUUGACAAACUAUGCUCGCCCACUAAUUUUCAGCAGUGCAACUGGACUUCCUGGUCUUGUUGCAACACGCACCGCUUAUGAGCUCAUGGAAAAAGGUGCUACAGAACCUCUUCAAGCCCAGCUUCAGCAAAGAAUAGAGUCGUUCAGGAGGAAGCUUGCCGAGAUUUCACCAGCAGACAGCAUUAUCCUUCACAUUAGCCAUCACCCGACGUCACCAAUCUUCUCACUGAGGACGAAGUUCCCACAUGACCUGGCAAAAACCUGCCAGGACAAGGGACUCAUGGUACGGGCGAUUAUGUCGCCGACUGUGCCUCUAGGGACGGAGCGGGUUCGGGUGUGUCUUCACGCCAGGAAUUCGGAAGAAGAACUGCAGAAGCUUGUGGCCAUCAUCGGACAAUGGGUACAGUCGAGGGAGCGAGAAAGCGCGAGACUGUAA